AUGAGUGACACUGAUGAGCUGAUGAUCCUGGACCCUGCACUGCAGGAGAAGUCAGUGAAUAUGAAGAAAAUGGAGAAUGCGAAAAACAAGGUAGAGUGGAAGAAGGAGGAGAAGAAGAAAAAGAAGAGGAAAAGGAAGGUGAAGCAGCAUGUAGAUGAGUUGAAACACCCAGAGAAGACAGAUGCCGAGAAGCCAGCCUCGCUAAAGCAGUGCCUGGGACCUAAGUGUGUGUAUCCCAGCAGGCCAGGCUCCAAGUACUGCUCGGACGACUGUGGCAUGAAGCUGGCAGCUGAACGCAUUUAUGAGAUCCUGCCCACGCGCAUCCAGCAGUGGCAGAAAAGUCCCUGCAUUGCUGAGGAGCAAAGCAAAAAAAUACUCGAGCGCAUUCACCGUGAGCAGCAGGACACCCACGCCCGCCUGAAGUACAUGGAGUGUCGGUUCCAUGAACUUGAGGCCAUCAUUCAGCGUGGCAAGCAGCAGACUGUGUGCAGGGAUGAGGAGAGUAAAAAAGGCAGCAAGGAUGGUGUAGACCUGAAGAUCUUCUGUGUCUCCUGUGGGCAAACCAUCAAUAUGAGUGUUGCCCUGCGCCACAUGGAGCGCUGCUUUGCCAAGUAUGAGUGCAAAUCGUCCUUUGGGUCACUAUACCCCACUUGCAUCGAGGGGGCCACAAGGCUCUUCUGUGAUGUGUAUGACCCACAGAGUAAGAGGUACUGUAAGCGGCUCCAGGUGCUGUGUCCGGAGCACUCUCGGGACCCCAAGGUAACAGAUGAUGAGGUGUGUGGUUGCCCACUAGUGCAUAACGUUUUUGAGCUCACUGGUGACUUCUGUCGCCUCCCCAAGCGCCUGUGCAGCCACCACUACUGCUGGGAGAAGCUGAGGCGUGCCGAGGUGGACCUGGAGCGUGUGCGUGCGCUGCACAAGCUGGAAGAGCUGCUUGAGCAGGAGCGCAACGUGCACACAUCCAUGACUAACCGGGCGGGCCUGCUGGGUCUGAUGCUUCACCAGACAAUUCAGCAUGACCCCCUCACCACGGACCUGCGUUCCAAAGAUGAAAACUGA